AUGUCGCAAGCAGGCGCAAGUUUCGACUCUUUGGUGUCUAAGGCCGAGAACAUUAUUCAUGAUUAUAAUUUAGAGCCCUGGGUUGUUCCAUGUGUCGUUGUCUCUGGCCUUGGCUUUGUGUAUGCUGUCAACAAAUACCUUACUCAACGAGCCCUUAACCACGGCAGCAAGGCGUCUUUCGACUGGAAGAGGGAAAUCAUUCUCGUCACUGGUGGAUCUGGUGGUAUCGGCGGCGCAACCGUGCAGAAGCUGGCGAGCAGGGGCACGAAGAUUGUCGUGGUAGACGUUCUACCCUUGACAUACAAGGCUCCCUCUAAUAUCCACUAUUACAAGUGCGAUUUGACGAACUACGAGCAACUUCAGAUUACAGCUGGAAAGAUCAGAGAAGAGGUCGGAGAUCCCACAGUAAUAGUUGCAAAUGCUGGCGUGUGUCGUGGCAAGCCGGUUCUCGCGGCCACUAAACGAGACAUUGAGCUGACAUUUGGAGUCAACACGAUAGGGCUCAUAUGGACUAUAAAAACUUUUCUUCCCGCCCUGGUGGCUCGAAACCAUGGACAUCUCCUCAUUGUUGCUUCGCAAACCGGACACAUGGCGACCGCGGGUGCGACCGACUACUCGGCCAGCAAGGCAGCCGCCAUCACCAUAUAUGAAGGCGUUCAUAGCGAGAUCAAGCACGUUCACAAAGCCACUGUCGUGCGCGUCUCCUGUAUAUCGCCUAGUCACGUCCAGACUAACAUGUUCACGGGCAUCAAGUCCGUGCCGGGCAUGUCGAGCAUGACAACGGGUUACCUCGCGGACAAAAUCACGGGGAUUCUCUACGGAGGGAAUGCCAGGAAUGUUUUGGUUCCCGCGACCGCAUCCGCUUCUCCUUGGGUUCGUGUGUUACCUGACUGGUUGCGAGUCUACAUGCAAGACCUUUCAUCCAGUGCGUUUACAGAGCUGAGGCCGCACGAUCCCCUGAAGGGACAGUAG